CUCACUCUCUCCCCAGUCCCCACUGUAUUACUACUUUUUCUAUGUGGGCCUUCCUUACCUUCUAUUUUCAUGGCUGAUCUGAAAUCUGAUCGCUUUCUUGUGGGUGCUUGGUCUCUCUCCUUCAAGUCUUGAGUGGGUAAUCCUAAUCUCUAGUGUCCAUGCUUGGUACAGGUCAUUGUGUAGAUAAUUCCAUAUCUUGGUGCUGUAGCUUUUUCCUAAUUAUACCCUGCUGUUGUAUUUUAUUGGGAGAAUCAAUAGCGGAUACUCCAAGUCUUGAAAAUUAGGAUUGCUUAUGUUUCUGGAUGGAAAUGAGAAGUCUUUGGAUUUAGAAUUUUGUGUGAUAUAAACAAAACAUAUGGGGGAGACAGCUAAAUCCAAUCCUGUCCUGGAAGUGUCUGUCUCAUUUGGUAGAUUCGAGAAUGAUGCGUUGUCUUGGGAGAAGUUUUCAUCUUUCUCUCCAAAUAAGUACCUGGAGGAAGUAGAGAAGUGCGCAACACCUGGAUCUGUGGCUCAAAAAAAGGCUUACUUUGAAGCCCAUUAUAAGAAGAUUGCUGCUCGGAAGGCUGAGCUAAUGAAUCAGGAGAAGCAAAUGGAAAACGAUGCGUUGAGUUCAGAUCAUGAUCAUGAUCAUCAAAAUGGUAGAGAUCUGGUUGGUAACAAUGGCGGGAUUGCUCUUGGAUAUCAUUUAGGUGACAUCAAAAGUUCUGCAGAAGCUGGAAAUGAAGAAGUGAAACCAGACAAUGAUAGGAGUAACACUCCUGUCGAUAAGCCAAAAGAGGACAAUGAAGUCAAUGUUGAAUGUCAAAGCUCGUCGGUUCAGGAAGUAAAAGAGGAUUUGGAUAGCGUUCCUGAUAGCCUUGAAUUAAGCAAGCCCGAAGAUAUUAUUUUCAGAAAAGAAUCGGAGGAAGUGCCUUCAACAGGGUCUCAAGGUAAUAAGGAAUUGUCACAGCAGUUGGGUGAUGAGCUAGAAACUGCUAUAAAGAUUAAUGAACAAAAUAAGAAGCUGGAUAACCUGAAGGAAUCCCAAAAGGUUACUCCUAUUAGCAAGGACAGAAAUAUGACAGUGCUCAAGAAGAAAACAGCUUCACCUUUGGCUAAAGCACCACAAGAUUCCACGCAUAGAAAGGCAACUAAAGCAGCACAGAUAUCAACCCCUAAAGCAUUGGCUAAAACAUCACAAAUUUUGGCCCCAAAAGUGUCAGCUAGAGAACCAAAAAUUUUAACUCCCAAAGUGUCAGGUAGAGCACCGCAAUUUUCAACUCCGAGAGUAUCAACUAAAUCACCUUAUAUGUCAACCCCGAAGAUGACAAAACCAAAGACAUCUUCAACUGCGAUGUCCGCCUCAAGCAAGAAUUGUCAAGUAGGAGAAAGCAAGAAAAUGACAUCUAAAUCCUUGCACGUGUCCCUUAGUUUUGAUCCUCUAAAUUCUGGGCCAGCAUUGGGUACCACAGCAAGAAAAUCUUACAUUAUGGAGAAGAUGGGAGAUAAGGACAUUGUCAAAAGAGCAUUUAAGACAUUCCAAAGCAAUUUCAACCAACUGAAAUCUUCCAGCGAAGAAAUAUCUUCAGGAGCAAAACAGAUGCCUGUGAAGGGGGCAGCUCAAAAGGUCUACACUCCUACCAUACCAAGAAAAGAUAUUGAAGGGUCUCUAAAAGCAGGUGGUCUGGCUAAAAGAACAACUGAGGCUGCAUCAUCCUCUUAUGGAUUGGGAACUGAUCAAAGGGUAGAAAAGCAAAGAGAGUUUUUCAAGAAAUUUGAACGAGAAUCCAAUCCUAACAAGGCAAGGAAUGCACACAUUCAAACAAAAUCAAAGGAGGAGAAGGCAUCUGAGAUUAAAAUGCCAAGACAGAACCUAAAUUUUAGAGCCACAGCUACUUCAGGAUUCUAUCUUGGUCAGAAGACAUCAAAAAUUUCUUUGGAUAAGGAGGGUUCGAAGACGCUUGGGUUAUAAAAAUCAUGCAUGCUUUUCUGAUAAAGAUUACACAAUUCCUUCAUCGGAUCUAAAUGCUGGAGAUGUAGUACAUCUAUCUUGGUGACUGGAAUUGAAGGACAACUUGAAAGGAAUUACUAUCAGGUGAGGAACCAAGCAUUGUUAUAGUGUGUGAGCCAUUUGCGAGUGAUGGGUGUAUUAUGCAUGGCUACAACAAAUCAACCGAUAUGCGAUAUCGAGUUGGUCUUAGCAAGGCAGGUUAAUAAUUUGAAAGGAUGAGUGGGUUUGCAGCAUUAUUAUAUGAUUCACUGAUUAUUUCAUUCUUGCUGCACCUCUCCCAAGCUGUGUUGUAGAAAAAACAUCUAGGAAACUUUUGCAUGUAAAUUAGUAGUAGACACUGACAGACAUGUAUGACCCUUUUGAAUUGCUAACGAGGAAAAACUCCGCUUACAUUGUGAAGGAACCAUGUCUGAGUUUUUCUAAUGCGAAGCUGAUUGGUAA